AAAAAAUACAGAAACUACCAAACAAAUAGAGAGAGAAACAAAAAGAAAGAAAGAAGAUAGAGAGGAAAAAUGACAGUAGAAGAGGUAGGAGACGAUUAUACAAAAGAUGGAACAGUUGAUUUUCAAGGCAAUCCUGUUCGAAGAUCCAUUAGAGGUCGUUGGAAAGCUUGCUCUUUCGUCGUUGUGUACGAGGUGUUUGAACGGAUGGCUUAUUAUGGGAUAUCAAGCAACCUAGUGAUAUACAUGACUACCAAAUUGCACCAAGGAACGGUCGAGUCGUCGAACAAUGUGACCAAUUGGGUUGGGACUAGUUGGCUCACUCCAAUCUUGGGUGCUUAUGUUGGAGACGCUCUUCUCGGUCGCUACAUCACUUUCGUCAUCUCUUGUGCUAUCUAUUUCUCGGGGAUGAUGGUGUUAACAUUAUCAGUAACUAUACCGGGAAUUAAGCCACCAGAAUGUUCCACGACUAAUGUCGAAGACUGCAAAAAAGCUUCGGUUUUACAAUUAGCGGUUUUCUUUGGAGCGUUAUACACCUUAGCAAUCGGUACAGGCGGAACAAAACCGAACAUAUCAACCAUAGGAGCUGAUCAAUUCGAUGUAUUCGACCCAAAGGAGAAGACUCAAAAACUAUCAUUCUUCAACUGGUGGAUGUUUAGUAUCUUCUUUGGUACUCUCUUUGCCAACACUGUUCUUGUCUAUGUUCAAGAUAAUGUUGGUUGGACCUUGGGGUAUGGACUUCCAACAUUAGGUCUGGCUAUUUCCAUUACCAUUUUCUUGUUGGGUACUCCGUUUUAUCGUCAUAAACUUCCCACUGGAAGUCCUUUCACCAAGAUGGCUCGAGUCAUCGUGGCAUCAUUUCGCAAAGCCAAUGCGCCGAUGACGCAUGACAACACAAGCUUCCACGAGCUGCCUUCACUUGAAUAUGAACGGAAAGGCGCCUUUCCGAUCCAACCCACUCCAAGUUUACGAUUCUUAGACAGAGCUUCACUCAAAACCGGAACAACUCAUAAAUGGAAUCUUUGUACAACAACAGAAGUUGAAGAAACAAAACAAAUGCUGAGAAUGUUACCAGUCUUGUUCAUAACUUUCGUCCCAAGUAUGAUGCUUGCUCAAAUCAACACAUUGUUUGUUAAACAAGGAACCACUUUAGACAGAAAGGUCACUGGAUCUUUCAGCAUCCCACCAGCGAGUCUCUCCGCUUUCGUCACACUCUCAAUGCUCAUUUCGAUAGUCUUAUACGAUCGAGUCUUCGUCAAGAUAACCCGAAAAUUCACUGGAAAUCCAAGAGGCAUUACUUUGCUUCAACGAAUGGGAAUUGGUCUUAUCUUUCAUAUCCUCAUCAUGAUCGUUGCAUCUGUCACUGAAAGGUAUAGACUCAAAGUCGCUGCUGAUCAUGGUCUCAUCCACCAAACCGGAGUAAAACUACCAUUAACCAUCUUUGCUUUACUUCCACAAUUCGUCCUAAUGGGUAUGGCUGAUUCGUUCUUAGAAGUUGCAAAGCUCGAAUUCUUCUACGAUCAAGCUCCCGAGAGCAUGAAAAGCCUCGGGACAUCAUAUUCGACAACGAGUUUAGCGAUCGGGAAUUUCAUGAGCAGUUUCUUGUUGUCGACGGUAUCAGAGAUAACAAAGAAACGAGGAAGAGGAUGGAUUUUGAACAAUCUCAACGAGUCUAGGUUGGAUUAUUACUACUUGUUCUUUGCGGUGUUUGAAAGAAUGGCGUAUUAUGGAAUAUCAAGCAACCUAGUGAUCUACAUGACUACCAAAUUGCACCAAGGCACGGUCAAGUCGUCGAACAAUGUGACCAAUUGGGUUGGGACUAGCUGGCUCACUCCAAUCUUGGGUGCUUAUGUUGCCGAUGCGCAUCUCGGUCGCUACAUCACUUUCGUCAUCUCUUCCGCUAUCUAUUUAUUGGGAAUGGCAUUACUGACGUUAUCAGUAUCUCUACCGGGACUUAAACCACCGAAAUGUUCUACGGCUAAUGUUGAAAACUGCGAAAAAGCUUCGGUUUUACAAUUAGCGGUAUUCUUUGGAGCGUUAUACACAUUAGCAGUUGGUACAGGCGGUACGAAACCGAACAUUUCUACAAUAGGAGCUGAUCAAUUCGAUGAAUUCGACCCAAAGGAGAAGAUUCAUAAACAUUCAUUCUUCAAUUGGUGGAUGUUUAGUAUCUUCUUUGGUACUUUCUUUGCUACAACUGUUCUUGUCUAUGUUCAAGAUAAUGUGGGUUGGGCCGUAGGUUAUGGGCUUUCAACUUUGGGACUUGCUUUUUCCAUUUUCAUAUUCUUGUUGGGAACUCGGUUAUACCGCCAUAAACUCCCAACAGGAAGCCCAUUCACCAAGAUGGCUAGAGUCAUUGUGGCUUCACUUCGCAAAGCCCGCGAGCCUAUGCCCCGUGAUUCGACGUGCUUCUAUGAGCUUUCGCCAAUGGAAUAUGCAAGCAAAAGGGCUUUCUCAAUCCAUUCUACUCUAAGUCUUAGAUUCUUAGAUCGAGCUUCACUCAAAACCGGAUCAACCCAUAAAUGGAGUCUCUGUACUAUCACAGAAGUCGAAGAAACAAAACAGAUGCUAAAAAUGUUACCUGUCCUCUUCGUAACAUUCGUCCCAAGCAUGAUGCUUGCUCAAAUAAUGACUUUGUUCAUCAAACAAGGAACGACCCUCGACCGUCGUCUCACAAACAACUUCAGCAUCCCACCCGCAAGUCUCUUAGGCUUCACAACACUCUCAAUGCUCGUCUCUAUAGUCAUAUACGACCGUGUCUUCGUUAAACUCAUGAGAAAACUAACCGGAAAUCCAAGAGGUAUCACAUUGCUCCAGCGAAUGGGAAUAGGUAUGAUCCUUCACAUCCUAAUCAUGAUCAUAGCGUCCAUAACCGAACGGUAUAGGCUCAAGGUCGCUGCUGAACAAGGGCUAAACCACCAGACCGCUGUACCAAUUCCCUUGACCAUUUUCACAUUGCUUCCACAGUAUGUGCUAAUGGGUUUGGCUGAUGCUUUCAUAGAAAUAGCAAAGCUCGAGUUCUUCUACGAUCAAGCACCAGAGAGUAUGAAAAGCCUCGGGACAUCAUAUACGAGCACAAGUAUGGCAGUCGGGAAUUUCCUGAGCAGUUUUUUGCUUUCGUCCGUGUCUCAGAUAACAAAAAAGCAGGGAAGAGGUUGGAUUCAAAACAACUUGAAUGAGUCUAGGUUGGAUAAAUAUUACAUGUUCUUCGCGGUACUUAAUUUGGUUAACUUCAUCCUCUUCUUGGUUGUAAUUAGAUUUUAUGAGUACAGAGCUGAUGUUACGCAAUCAGCAAAUGUAGAACAGAAAGAAUCAAAUCAGCAAAUGUAAGGAAAGACAUUUAAGUUUUUAUUUGGUUGUUGUAAUAAAUGUACCGAUUGGAA